AUGGCGGGCUCCAUUUGCGAUGCGUGCCGUGCGGUCAAGUUUGAGAAUGCCUUACAAGUUCAAGCGAGCGACUUGAGAGGAGGAAGGGGAACAUUCGGAUCGAUGACUCUACUUGACGAAGAUGUCAACCGAUUCGACCAAGCAUCAGGUACUGAUUGUUCAUUGUGUCAACUGUUGGCAUCCACACUGUGCUCAAACGAGGACGAGUGGUCUGUUCCUUCAAUUCAUGAAGAAAUCUUGAUGCGCCCUUACAGUCUAAAAGCCUUCUCUUUUCUUCGCAACUGCCCUUGGGCUUCGGAUGGCGUUAAGGACGCGCAAGACAGCCACAUCCUACUGGCACCACGAGGUGGAGCGCCCGAGUCGACGAAUAUAAAAUAUAUUCAGUUCGUCAAAGAAGGAGAAGAUGGAUACGUCGCAUGUCUACCCAAGCAAAGAGAGACCGGGCUGUUUGUUCCGCAGAUCAUUUCAGAGACUUUCGAUCCUACGAGAGCCAAAUUAUGGGUACAAAAUUGUAGGGAUACUCACGAAAGUACCUGCAAUGAGAACUGCGAGGCAAUUCACGGGCUGAGAGCGAUAGAUUGCGAGACUCUCAGGAUCGUGCACAUCGAGACUGGAGCCCUGUGGGUGGCGCUGAGCUAUGUAUGGGGUCAUGAUAUAUCCCAGGUCCGCUCUGAUGAUCUGCAAACAGGAACUCUCCCGCGUGGCAUAUCAAAAACUGUGCAGCAUGCCAUCGAGGUCACAAAAGGUCUAGGCUACAGAUUUUUGUGGGUUGAUCGAUAUUGCAUCAACCAGCAAGAUGAAAGAGACAAGUGUGACCUCAUUUCAAAGAUGGAUAUGAUUUAUCGUGGCGCAGAUCUGACAAUCGUCGCAGCCGCGGGUGAUGACGAGCACUUUGGACUCCCAGGCGUUGGGACCACGGAGCGCAAGAAGCAGAAAGUCAUCGAGCUGGACUGCUGUACGAUCCUCAGCACUGGCCCGGACCCGGUUUACGAGACAAAGCGGUCUCGCUGGUGGAGCAGAGGCUGGACUUUUCAGGAGGGCCUCUUAUCCCGGAGGCGACUGAUAUUUACGGAACAUCAAUCCUGGUUUGAAUGUUACGAAGAGGGCUGGAUGGAAGCACUGGGAGGAUUAGAACUUCUCAAGCACCCGGAGGCACAGUUGGCCCAGGCCUCCAGGAAGAUCGGAAAAAGUUUGAACGCCUGGUUUCUGUCAUAUUACCGCCUGCUCAGUGUGUAUUAUGAUGAGCUCGAGCGUUUUGCAAGUGGUAAAAUCAUUUCCCGCCUUCAACAAAUGUCGCUGAUCAUCCGAGCAUAUUCCGAGCGAAAUUUGACCUUCGAUAGGGAUUCUCUUAACGCCAUCGCUGGAGUUUACCGUUAUUUUCGGCAUGCCGAUCCACCAGUGGCCCACGUAUUCGGGAUCCCAUUCAUACCAUCCUUGAUGUCGCCUAGUGGUCGUGAAGCGGCAGAGAGGUUCAUGUUUUAUUUCCUGUCCUGGUUCCAUCUCAAGGACGCCGCACCACGUCGGAGGCAACACUUCCCUUCUUGGACCUGGGCAGGCUGGGCUGGACCCGUGGACUUCAUGGCUGACGUAGGGCUAGAGUAUGGGCAAUCUAUCAUGCAAGGGAUGAGGCACCUCCGGUUUGAAGUUAAUGGGCAGGUGAUCCCUCAAGAAACCUACCUGAAAGUCUUCAACUCAGUCCAAUGCCCCUCCCCGGAGCUAGAGAUCGCUCUUUGCUUUCAAGCGCAAACGGUUCCGUCGUCAUUAUUUUUGUGGAACACUUACCUCGACACCUGGUUAAGCGAGGAGAGCCGAGGGUCAAACAAGAGCCAAUGGUCGGACGAGAGCCAAGGGUCAAAUGACAGCCCACCCAAUGGACAGGAUCACUUCACACAAGGAGGUACGACCACAGAAGAUUUCUUCUGGUUGUUGAGUGGCUGGACAGUGGAUUGGCGCAUCGUGUAG